AUGCAGUGGAUUCCCUCUUUUCCGUACCCGCCGUCCAAGGCCGGGUUCUGGAACCCUGUCACCUCUACCCUCAACUGGUGCGAAGAAGACUACUAUGCCACUAUAUACUCUGCUGAGAUUGUCAAUACCUUGACAAACUUGCUUUUCAUGUGGCUGGGCGUCAAGGGCAUUAUCAGCUGCCGGCGCAAUCAACAUGACCAGAUCUUCUUGGUCGCCCUAUUAGGCUACCUAGUGGUAGGAACAGGCAGUUUCCUGUUCCAUUCGACCCUAAAAUACCCCAUGCAACUGGUCGAUGAGCUUUCAAUGAUCUACACAACGUGCUUGAUGGCCUACGCCAGCUUUUCAUAUACCCGCCCGCUGGGCUUCCGUGUUGUUUUAGCAUUGUCGUUAACUUUUCUCUCCGUCUUCAUCACCCUCUACUACCACUACCUGCAGAAUCCUGUCUUCCACCAAAAUGCCUACGCGUUGUUAACAAUCGUUGUCGUCUUUCGCAGCAUGCACACCAUGGAGGUGACUCUGCGACCCCGGUGGCGCAAGUCUCGCGAAGAAGACCGACUGGAACGACAAAAGCAGGGACUUCCGGUACCUACCAAGGAGCGUCAGCAUUACGAGAACGUGCGAGACAUGAAAACUCUCAAGACAAUGUGGUUCAUGGUGGCGUACGGGUUGAGCAUGUUUCUCGGCGGGUUUGCAAUCUGGAACCUGGAUAACCAGUUCUGCUCCAGCAUUCGCCGGUGGAGGCGGGUAGUAGGCCUGCCAUGGGGCAUUUUCCUGGAGGGACAUGGUUGGUGGCAUGUCAUGACCGGCCUCGGGGCAUACCUGUACAUCGUCUGGGGCAUCUGGCUACGACAUUGUCUGAACGGAAACCAAGAAGACUAUCAUCUACGAUGGGCACGUUUCUGGCACAUUCCCGAAGUUAUCCGCACCACACCUACGUCGGAGAACAGCGUCAGCCGAGACAAGAAGUCCACUUAG